AAUAUUUUUCGGAGCUUCUAGAAUUGUGUCACAAGGAAUUCAACUUUUUUACCCUCUAUUUCGAGCCCCUGUCCUUUUGCUUCUCUCGCGGCACCGUCUCACCGAUUUGCUUUCUGAGAAGAGGGAAAGAUGGCAGGUUCCCACGUUGCACAUGCUGUGUACAAGGGUCCAAGUGUAGUGAAGGAGAUACUGAUUGGGAUUACUCUUGGCAUGGUUGCGGGAGGUUUCUGGAAAAUCCACCAUUGGAACAACCAGAGGAGAACUAAGGAAUUUUAUGAUAUGCUUGAGAAAGGCGAGAUCAGUGUCGUGGUGAAUGAGGAGUAGCUUUUCAAUUACCUUUGCUUCAGCAUGAAAUUGGCUUAUAUGGUCCAAUCUGAAAGCUAUUGCAUCUCUGGUCGAUGAUGAAGCAUGGCGAAGCUGUGUGGUUUCUAUGAAGCAAUUAUGCCUCAGAGGGUGCAAAGGUUCCCUUAACACGAUGGCCUUAGUCGCUACUAACAAGCAAUUGCCAUUGGGUACUUCACAAGAUUGGCGAGAGCGUUUUAAGAAUAAAAAAUGGCUGUUUCUCUUACUUGGAUUUAGGUUGCUCUCAAGUGUUCAGAAUUACACAAUUAAGCCGACAAUAAAACAUUAAAAUAUUCGUGACACAGCAGAGAAAUUGAUAACUCCUCUAUUUUAGCUA